ACAUUACCUCGUUAGCUAAUGCAGUCGAAAUAAAAGGCUGCGCAUCCUUGCUAAAGCCAUUCAUAGAUGGGGCUUUGACAGCGCAAUACGUACCAAUCUAUAACUUGUUGAAGAACCCCAAAGCAAGCUUGCGUCAUUGUGGACCUCAUUCGGAAGUCGGUUUUAUCGAUAAGUGGCCCAUCGCGGCCGCAUAAGCGCGUGUCGCGCUCAAGUGGAUCUUUAUCUCCCGACUUCACAAGUUCACUGACAGACAGACGCUCAUCAUGCAAUGUCGACAGCACUGGCCAAGCAGUUAGCUACGUUUCUUCAUCCCUGCGGCGUUGGGAUAGAUAUUUGCCAGAUCAGUCGAAUCUUCCAGAUUGUCGGCAAAAGCCCGCAGCAUACAGACAGGUUCAUCUCUCGAGUCUUUGCAAAAGAUGAUCCCACCAUCCACGUAGUGCGGCAAAAGAUACAUGAGACUUUGCGGUCCAAGCCAGAAUGGCAGCUAGACGCUGCCAACAGCAAUGGACAUGAAAUGCUGAGCCAACAACAUCCAGAGCUGUGGGCGGGUGCUCGGUUCCUGGCAUCACGAUUUGCGGCAAAGGAGGCUGCCAUCAAGGCCCACUCGCACAGAAAGUUGACCUUUCAUGAUAUAUCGAUACUGAAGGCUCAAGAGGGAGAGGAGCGACUGGGCGGGCGAGCACCAUACGCGAGGAUAAAGGCUGCUUCGGGGGAUGAGAAGGACUCGACAGCGCUGAUUUCCAUAUCCCACGAUGGGGACUAUGCAGUAGCUGUAUGUGUCGCGGAAAAGGCCGCCAGCCGCGAGUGAUCAGACUUGCCCAAUGUGUAGAUGGUUGGCUGUACAUGGGGUACCAUUCUGGUACUUGGGAAGAAAAGAAUCCGCGAACAAUGGUACAUGACAUGUGCGCUCCAGGGGAGCAAGGGAUACACUGGUAUAGGAGACUCCAGUCC